GAACGGCUCGUAACACACAUCCACAACUUCGCACGCGAGACGCAGCUCAGCACACCGGAAUGGGAAGCCACGAUCAAGUUUCUUACUGAAGUCGGGCAAAUUAGCAGUGAUAUCCAACAAGAGUUUAUCCUUCUGUCCGAUAGCCUAGGUUCAUCGCUUUUGGUCGACUCAAUCGGUCAAACCAAAACACCCAUUCCAACCAAAGGAACCGUCCUGGGCCUCUUUCCACAUUCAGGGGCCCCCACAAGCACAAUAGCGCCAGUAUAAUACAAGAUGAGAGUGGCGAGUUUAUGUUGGUCAUUGGCACGGUCAGUGAUACGCAUGGCCAGCCGAUCGCCGGUGUCAGAGUAGAUGUGUGGGAGACAGACUCCAAAGGCUUUUAUGACGUCCAAUACUAAAAUCGAAAAGAUCCCAACGGACGAGCGAUCAUGGAAAGGAAUGAGCGCGGCGAAUUCUACUUCAAGGCUGUUGUCCCAGUCCCGUAUCCCAUCCCUCAUGGCGGGCCAGUUCGAAAACUACUCCAGAAGUUGAAACGUCGCCCGUAUCGGCGUAGCCACUUCUAUUUUAUGUUCGAAAAGCUAAGCUACGACCGACUGAUCACUGUACUUUACCUGCGUGGUAAUCCGUACGAGAAGACAGAUGCUGUCGUCGGUUUCAAAGAGCUACUCAUUAUCGAUUUUAAGUCUAUCGCUAACUUCGAAGGUUUAGCGGAGCAGCAUGGCAUUCUGCUUUCCACUACGUUACCAUAUCAAUUGGUCGGUAGGCCUAAGGUUGCACACAUCAACUAGCAUAUUUCAGGUCAGGUAUAUAGUCGUCUUCUCCUAGCUAGAUAACAAUUCAGCGCAGUAUUCCAUCAGUCCGAUAGUCCCACGUUGUCGUUUACCGUACUGCAUCGACCACACUUAAAGAACAAGUAACCCAUCCACCACUACGUUGUCAGGGAAACAUAAGGAAAGAUUCAUGUCUAAAAAGCCUAG